GCGACAGCAGACACGAUGCGGGCAGCAGGUAGCGCGCGGCUCGCGCUGGCGACCUGGCUCUUGGCGCUGGCGGCGGCGCAGCAGCUGCCCUGGUGGUGGGGGCUGUCCGCCCCCGACUACAACCCGGUCACCCAGGCGCCCAACAACAACAACGUGGGGGGCGGCUCCACCCCCGGCCCCGGCGUCGGAGAAGGCGCGUCCACGGUGGACCCGCUCCGGCAGAGCACUUACGAGCCGUGCGAGUGCGGGGCCGGCAGGUCGUGCGUCUGCGUGCUCUACUACCUGUGCAAGAACGGCACCAUCGUGACUACCGGGCUCGACCUGCUCGAUGACAGAAUAAACACACCAAAAGUUGAAAUGUGCCCUGGAGUACAACACUGCUGCCAGGAGCCACCUCGGAAAACCACAGGAAGUCAAACUCCUACUACACCACCGACGCCGUCAACACCACCGUAUGUGGAGCCUGGACCUGUGACACCGACUCCAAAGCCUCCCAUCCAAGUUCCUGUGGGACCUGUCAAGUCUGGUUGCGGAGUGAGGCGUGGGCUAUCACCAGCGACAGACAACAGCACAACAUUUGCAGAGUUCCCGUGGAUGCUGGUUGUCCAAGUAGCUGUAUUCCCAGGGGAUGGAAAACCACCCGCCUUUGUCUUCAAAUGUGGAGCUUCACUUCUGCACCCACAAGUUGCUCUCACUGCUGCACACUGCGUUAAAAGGUUGAUUCCAUCAGAUAUAAAAGUCAGAGCUGGAAUAUGGGACUUAACAGCAGCAACGGAACCUUUACCACACCAGGAGCGCAGGGUGAUAAAAAUAAUAAGACAUCCUCAAUUUGAAGAGAAGACACUCUUCAAUGACAUAGCACUCCUAGUGCUGGAUAAACAUUUUGAUGAAGCAAUGAAUGUUGAAGUUAUUUGUGUGCCUCCCCCUUCAGUAGAUUUCACAGGCCUUCGAUGUAUUGCAACUGGAUGGGGCACAUCAUCUCCUGAUGCUGAGAUUGUCCAGACUACAAUGAAGAAAGUGGAGCUGCCAGUAGUUUCCCGUGAUCACUGUGAAAAUGAGCUACGCAUGACAAGACUUGGACGCUACUUUGAACUCCAUGGGAGCUUUAUAUGUGCUGGUGGUGAGCCACAAGUAGAUACCUGCCGUGGUUCUCUUCUGCACAAUACCAGUUACACUGAAGCAGUGCCAGCAGAACAUCCGUUCGUUAGGAACCAUCUACAGGAAAAUGACGAUGAUUCUGUCAAAUUGAAAACUGACAUUCACAACCUAUCUGACAGUACAUAUCAUGGGAGUAGUCUUUAUGGCUCUGGUAGACAUAAAAGACAUGCAGUAAGCUCAAGAGAGAAUAUACCCAACUAUGGUACUCCAGGAAUAUACGCACAUUUCUUUAACGCUCUGGGAAUAAAUCCAAAUACACCUUCACUGCAGUGGCUCUCACAGUAUCUGCCAUUUAGUCAUCAAGGCAACCCAUUAACUGAUCAGCGUAACCAAGUCUUCUAUGGCUGGAACCCCUUCCUUCAAGGCACACAUUCUACAGUUCACCCGAACCCCCUGACCCCUGGAAAAUUUCCUCAGAAAAAUGAUAAGCAGUUUGAUAGCAAAAAUGGCCCUCAGAACUCUGCUGAAAAUGUACCAAACUCUGGUGGAGCCUUGUACAGUUAUAAUGGAUACCCAGACACAAAUUCUGGGAACUUUUACAAUGGUAACAACUUACAUGGGUCUAACAUCAACAGUGGGAACCCACAUGUCACUAGUAGUAAUCCACAGUCUUUUAGGUGGAAGUACAAAAUCCCUGGCCCGAACCAGAACUACCCUGGCCCGAACCAGAACUACCCUGGCCCGAACCAGAACUACCCUGGCCCGAACCAGAACUACCCUGGCCCGAACCAGAACUACCCUGGCCCGAACCAGAACUACCCUGGCCCGAACCAGAACUACCCUGGCCCGAACCAGAACUACCCUGGCCCGAACCAGAACUACCCUGGCCCGAACCAGAACUACCCUGGCCCGAACCAGAACUACCCUGGCCCGAACCAGAACUACCCUGGCCCGAACCAGAACUACCCUGGCCCGAACCAGAACUACCCUGGCCCGAACCAGAACUACCCUGGCCCGAACCAGAACUACCCUGGCCCGAACCAGAACUACCCUGGCCCGAACCAGAACUACCCUGGCCCGAACCAGAACUACCCUGGCCCGAACCAGAACUACCCUGGCCCGAACCAGAACUACCCUGGCCCGAACCAGAACUACCCUGGCCCGAACCAGAACUACCCUGGCCCGAACCAGAACUACCCUGGCCCGAACCAGAACUACCCUGGCCCGAACCAGAACUACCCUGGCCCGAACCAGAACUACCCUGGCCCGAACCAGAACUACCCUGGCCCGAACCAGAACUACCCUGGCCCGAACAUAUAUCAAGAAAAUGCAAACAAGGAUGAGCAUAAAAAUCCAUGGUCACCAACUGCUGCAACUAAUACAGUGACACCUCUCUACACUGGAGGUGUCACAGGGCCACAAACAAAUGACAGUGCUCACUCCUGGCCACAGGAUUCCAAAGAGAGUUCAACUGAAGUGACACCAAUUGAUGGGGAUGGUGGUGGCCCACUCAUGUGCCCCAUCACCGACGACGACGGACGCUAUGUUCAGGUUGGUAUCGUGUCGUGGGGCAUCGGCUGUGGAGGCAGCAGGACACCAGCAGUCUAUGCCAGCUUAUCCUAUUUCAGAGACUGGAUUGAUAAGCAGUUAGAAGAAAAUAAAUUUAUAAACAUUGCCAUACCACCACCAAGUGUGGAUCAAGAUGAAAGAUUUAAAGAACCUAAGCCAACAUGGGGAUGAGGAAAGAGAACAUUAUGAGCUUUAGAAUACACCAUAAAAAAUAUUUAAAUGAAGAUUUGGACAUGUACUUCUUUUUCUUGGUUGUUCAGAAAGCCAUAAGUUAGUAUGCAGUAAAGACCUUAGUUUAUUUAUGCUCUGUAGAAUAUUUGUCAUUAAAUUGAAUCAUGGAUUCACACAAACAGGAAACACAAAUUUCACUACAUAUUUUAAGCCUUUUAACAAUAUACUGUCAUGCAUGUAUUUAUAAAUUGUACUGUUAUGGAAUUUUUAAUAAUAAAAAGGAAGUUUGCAUGUCACAUAAUAAAGGCAUAAACACCAUA